AUGCAAGAGGAAAGGAUCGACACGGACUAUGGAAAGAUAAAGGUAACCAUCUAUGGUGACCGAGAGAAACAUCCGCUUGUGACGUUCCAUGAUCUCGCACUUGAUUCUGAAAGUAACUUCCAAAAUUUCUUCCAAUUCGUUUCAAUUGCCGAAUUUACGGAGAAGUUUUGCAUUUACAAUAUCAAUGCUCCCGGACAAGAAGUGGAUGCGCCACCUUUGCCAGAGAACUAUGUCUAUCCUUCAAUGGACGAAUUAGCAAGGAUCGUUGAAAAUGUCGUUGAACAUUUUGAAUUACAUUCCCUGAUUGCUUUUGGUGUUGGCGUUGGGGCGAAUGUUUUGCUCAGAUACGCGCUUCUCAAUCAGCGUCGCCUUGAUGCAUUGAUUCUUGUCAACUGUGUUGCAAAUACCGCGGGAUGGAUUGAAUGGGCUUACCAAAAGAUGAAUCUGAGAUAUCUGCGCACCUCGGGAAUGAAUACGUUCACGGUUGAUUAUCUGAUGUGGCAUCACUUCGGCCGUCGUUUGGAUGAAUGCAGUCCAGACAUCGUCCGCCAGUACCGUGUUUACUUCCAACAUCUCCCAAAUCCUACGAAUUUGGCCUCAUUUAUAGAAUCAUACGUCAACCGUUCGGCCAUUUCAAUCUCGAGAGACGGACAGACUGGUUUACAGCUAAAUGUACCAGUUCUUCAGAUAGUAGGCGCUGGAAGCCCGUUCGUUAACGACACAGUUGAUGUGAAUACGAAAUUGGAUCCUGCGCACUCUGACUGGAUUAAGGUCUCCGAUGCCUGCGGACUUGUUUUGGAUGACCGCCCAGAAGUAGUCACCGAGAGCUUAAUGCUUUUCCUGCAGGGGCUUGGAUUUUUCCCAACUAUGAACGUGGUGAAACUGAUAAAGAAGAUCCAUGAUACGCAAAACUGUUCUUACUCGGCCGUCACCGAUAGCGUUGAUGAAUGCUAGUAAGGGAGGAGCCUCGCUUGAUUUUUAUGUUGUUUGUUGUUUUGUUUUUUUUGCUGUUUUGCUCGCAUUUUAUUCGUAGGCACGUCUUAUCUUCAGACCUAAUCAUCAUUAUUAUUUGAAAGUUUUUUUUGUAUGAUUCCAGCAUUGACCGCUUUGCUUUACAACUCGUUUUCUUUUUCUUGAUUCUUUUUUGCUUGUGUGCUUAAAAUCUAAAUAUUUUGUCGUAUAACGAAUGUAGAGUGCCAUUGCAACAGUCGCCAUUCCCGACUAGAUCCUCAAUAGUCUUCACGUUAUCCUUUCAUAUUUACAUAGAUGCAUUUAUUCGAGAUCGCUUUUCUGGUCAUGUUAAUAGGAAGUGAUACCAUUGUUUGUGCAAAUGUACUGUAACGUAUACAUAACACGCAAUUUAUGUACCGGCGUUAUUCCGAAGAUGUGAUGGAUAAAUAUGUAAUUAUUGAAUGAAUGAGAAGACAUGCAC